AUGAGGGGAGUGAGAGCGGCAGUGGUAGUGUUGCAGUUGGCUGAGGGGACUGGGAGUGGCAGUGGUAGUGUUGCAGUUGAGGGGACUGGGAGUGGGAGUGGUAGUGUUGCAGUUGGUGAGUGCGUUGCUAGGUUGAGGGGAGUGGGAGCGGCAGUGGUUGAGGGGAGUGGUAGCGGCAGUGGUAGUGUUGCAGUUGAGGGGACUGGGAGCGGCAGUGGUAGUGUUGCAGUUGAGGGGACUGGGAGCGGGAGGGGAAGAUGUCUGGAGAAUGGGACUGUGAUUGUCCAGUCUAACAGGCAACUCAGACAGCAGAAGAAAUGCCAUCCUUCGGACUGCGGCACUCGAGAUACCACGUGUAACACCGAUAGAUGUCAAUGUACAUGUUGUGACAGGAAACGUUCACGCCCUGCCGCCACGCAGUACAGUGCACAGCUUGCCGAUUCCUCCACUUCCUCCUCCCCCGUCCUUCCCAUCAUCAUCGCCGCCGUCGCCCUCAUCAUCGUCGUCAUCAGCGUCAUGAUAUACUUCCGCAUCCGGCCCUUCCACAGGAUGCGGUAUCUGCUGCGCAGCUGA